UCACAUGACCGGCCCUGGGCCAACAUGGCGGCAGCCGGGAUGCUACGCCGGUGCUGAGCGGACCGCGAGUGUAGUGAGCUCCUGCGUGGGGUGGCAUUGUCGGUGGCGCACCGGAGCGCGGGCGGGCACGCGCCCCCGCUCUCCGCGGGGACCAUGGCCGGGUCCGACACGGCGCCCUUCCUCAGCCAGGCGGAUGACCCGGACGACGGGCCUGCGUCUGGCACCCCGGGGCUGCCAGGGUCUACGGGGACGCCGAAAGCCGGGGAGCCCGAGGUCCCUGACCGGGAGGGCUUGCAGCGCAUCACGGGCUUGUCCCCGGCGCGCUCGGCUCUCAUCGUGGCCGUACUCUGCUACAUCAACCUCCUGAACUACAUGGACCGCUUCACUGUGGCCGGCGUCCUCCCGGACAUCGAGCAGUUCUUCGGCAUUGGAGACAGUAGUUCGGGCCUCAUCCAGACCGUGUUCAUUUCCAGCUACAUGGUGCUGGCCCCUGUGUUUGGCUACCUGGGGGACAGGUACAAUCGGAAGUAUCUCAUGUGCGGAGGCAUUGCCUUCUGGUCCCUGGUGACCCUGGGGUCAUCCUUCAUCCCCAGAGAGCGUUUCUGGCUGCUCCUCCUGACCCGGGGUCUGGUGGGGGUCGGGGAGGCCAGUUACUCCACCAUCGCCCCCACGCUCAUCGCCGACCUCUUCGUGGCAGACCAGCGGAGUCGCAUGCUUAGCGUAUUCUACUUCGCCAUUCCUGUGGGCAGUGGUCUGGGUUACAUUGCUGGCUCCAAGGUGAAGGAUGUGGCUGGGGACUGGCACUGGGCGCUGAGGGUGACACCAGGCCUUGGGGUGGUGGCCGUUCUGCUGCUGUUCCUGGUGGUGCGAGAACCCCCCAGAGGUGCUGUGGAGCGCCAUGUAAACUCACCGCCCCUGAACCCUACUUCAUGGUGGGCGGAUCUGAGAGCUCUUGCAAGAAACCCUAGCUUCGUGCUGUCCUCUCUUGGCUUCACAGCCGUGGCCUUUGUCACGGGCUCCCUGGCCCUCUGGGCUCCAGCCUUCCUGCUACGUUCCCGGGUAGUCCUAGGAGAGACCCCACCCUGCCUUCCUGGGGAUUCCUGCUCUUCUUCUGACAGCCUCAUCUUUGGGCUCAUCACCUGCCUCACCGGGGUCCUGGGCGUGGGCCUGGGAGUGGAGAUCAGCCGCCGCCUGCGCCGUUCCAACCCACGGGCCGACCCACUGGUCUGUGCCACUGGCCUCCUGGGCUCUGCGCCCUUCCUCUUCCUGUCUCUCGCUUCUGCCCGUGGGAGCAUUGUGGCCACCUAUAUCUUCAUCUUCAUUGGAGAGACUCUGCUUUCCAUGAACUGGGCCAUUGUGGCGGAUAUCCUGCUGUACGUGGUGAUCCCCACGCGACGCUCCACUGCCGAGGCCUUCCAGAUCGUGCUGUCCCACCUGCUGGGUGACGCUGGGAGCCCCUACCUCAUCGGCCUGAUCUCUGACCGCCUCCGCCGGAGCUGGCCCCAGUCUUUCCUGUCCGAGUUCCGGGCCCUGCAGUUCUCGCUCAUGCUCUGUGCCUUUGUCGGGGCGCUGGGCGGGGCAGCCUUCCUGGGCACCGCCAUGUUCAUCGAGGGUGACCGCCGGCGGGCUCAGCUGCACGUGCAGGGUCUGCUGCCUGAGGCGAGGCCAGCGGAUGACCGUAUCGUGGUGCCACAGCGUGGCCGCUCCACGCGGGUUCCUGUGUCCAGCGUGCUCAUCUGAGUGGCUGUCGCUCAGCUGUCUGCACAUUUGCUGCCACCGCUGCUGCCAGCCCUGAACCUGGCCCACUGUGGUGAUGACGAGGUGCCCAUGCCGGAACCUUCGGGUCAGCCCAGCUUCCAGGAGGGACCCUGGGUCGUGUCCGGCUCCCAGACACUACAUGGACAGCCCAGGGGAGGAGUUGGGGGUCUCAGGUGGGGGAGUGGGGGUCCCCUCCACUGAAACAGCCCCAGGGGUUUGGUGCUAUUUGUAACAAAAUAAACUUUGUAGCCAGACCCCA